UCGAUCAGUUGUAGUGUACGUAGCAGAAAUCAUGGAGGACGUUGAAGCGGAAACCAAAAACGAAGCAAUGCGAGGAUCCAAAACCGCCAUUCGAUGUGCAAAAGCAGCUUUUCUACUUUCUUCACUCAAGUCCUCCCAAAAUCGCCAACUCAGAGCCACUGUUCAUGAACAAGCCAAGGAGAAAAAGAUGCUGGGGAAAACUGUGGGAGAUUUGAAGAUCCAGUUGGCUAGGGAGCGUGUGAGGAAUAAGAGGAUCAAACUCUGCGGUUUGAUGGAAUUUGUUCUUCAGCUUCUGCUGGUUCUCUCUCUUUCGAGUUUAUUCCUUUUUGCUGCCUUUUGAUUUGUUUGAGUUCUGAUGGAAUAAUAGUGGAUAGUAGUCAGUUCAUGAAUUACAUCACUGGAUUCAUCAUCGUCUUCCAUUGUUGUUAUGUAGUUAUUUUAGCUUAGGUUUUUGAAUGUAUGAAGAAUUUCUUCGGCGAGAUAUAUAGAGUUCUUAGAUUUUGAAGGCUUCAGAGAACUACUUCGCCGUUCAAUUGAAAUCGUCAUUUUCAAGGGGGAAAGAGAAACUUCAAUACAUUUUGGAAGUGUAAUCCUUCAAACGAAUUGUUAUAAUAAUAAAAGUUUCUGAUAAUAAUA